AUAUUGUUAAUAAUUUAAAUCCAUUAAUCUAUUUGUAAUGGCAAGAGUUAGCAACGGUUUACAAAUUCCUUUAUCAUGGAUUCCAGCCAAAGAUGGUAUACUUCCAAAGAAUGCUGUUAAAGCAGAUGAAUCAAUUUUUGUGGCUCGUUGUCAAAUAGAUGAUAAUUUAAUUUGUGGCAAAUUUUCAGAGAAAUAUGGAAAAGCAUAUAUUCCACUUGACGGUAAAGAGUUAGAAUUCACAAACUAUGAAGUAUUAUGUAACACUGGUAUUCCUGGUUGUCGUAUAGGAUAUGAAUGGAUAAUGAUGAAUGGAGGUGAUGUACCAGAAAAUGCGUUAGUUGCUGGAAUAAAUAAAUUCGGUACACCAUUGUACAUUGUAAAAGCAAGAAUUGAAGGUGAAGUAUCUGUUGGGAAAUUAAUUCAAGGUGAAAGCUCAGGAUGUUUUCCAUGGGGUGGAGAUGAGCAUAAAUGUGAAUAUUAUGAAGUACUUACUUUGAAAUAUUGAAAAAUAAACGUGACAUUUGUUUAUUUAUUAUAAAAAAAAUUUGUUUUAACAAACAAAUGUAUUGAAUUUAAAAAAUGAUCUUUCUAAAUUUGGCAAUAAUGAAUUAUUUAUUAUCAUUACAACUAUACUAAAUAAAUAAAUAUGAAA